UUAUAAUCAUUUUUUCAUUUUUAUUAUUAUCAUUAAUCUUUUUUAUUUCACUUUCCCGCAAAAAAUGACCCGAUGGUCCCAACCUCUCUCUCUCUCGCUCUAAUGAAAUGCAGGUGAAGGUCACAAAAUCUCCAAUCGUCACAAAGAACCUUCGAGUUCAGAUCGGCGAGGUUCGCUAUUCGUCUGAUCGUUUAUGUAUCUUGAUUUUAUCUUGGGCAUUUGCCCGAUAAUUUAAAGGGUUGAUCUUGGAGGGAGUAUAAGCUAAGUCAUAGUGUUGGCCUCUCGAGAUUGCUCCUACUCUAUGAUAAGCUUUGCAACCAAAGGGCCGUGCUAAUUUGGGUCUGAUGAAAAUUUUGGAACCUUGGUUGUAGUGAAGAAGCAAUUUUUAUUACCCAUGGGUGUGAGCUACUUAUCAAUCUCUGCAGUUUGCACAUUGUUAAGCUUCGUGGGCCUCCAAUAUUGGACGGAUUUGUCAUUUCAGAAGCUAACAUCAGAUGGGGUAAUUGGUGAGGAUUCUAUUGAACCUGGGAAUGCCCGCCAAGCCUUGAAGCUGCUUUUGGGUUCUCAAGCCACAAUUGCAUUGUUGGCUAAUUUUGUACUGAAUGUAUUUGUCCUGAUCAUUUUGGGUCUUAAGACUAUAUUCUUUGUGGAGUUGUACCCUUCUGAAACUCGAAAACUGGUGGAACGGCUUAUGAACUAUGUUAUUUAUAAGGGGACAUUUCUUCCCUUGGUUGUCCCACCAACAAUAUUUCAAGUGGGCCUAUGGUCAACAUGGCUGAUAAUCCUUUGUUCAUUAAAGAUGUUUCAAGCUUUGGCUAGAGAUCGACUUGAACGCUUGAAUGCAUCUCCUUCUGCAACUCCAUGGACAUAUUUUCGUGUAUAUUCUGUAUUAUUGUUGGUUAUAUCUAGCGACUUGCUCUGGAUAAAGCUAUGUCUAGGGAUAUACAGCACAUUAGAAUCAGCUAUGUUUCUGUUGUUAUUCUUUGAGCCUCUCAGUAUUGCCUUUGAGACGUUGCAGGCUGUUGUGGUUCAUGGUUUUCAGUUGCUUGAUAUAUGGCUCCAUCACUCGGCAGGGAACAGAACAAAUUGCCAAAAACUCUUUGAUAUAUCAGCAGCAGGUUCAUUGUGGGAAUGGAAAUGCAUUAUUAUCCGGAACUUGGGUUUUUUUCUGGACAUGAUGACGUUGUUGAUGGCACUUGGCCAUUAUGUGCAUAUUUGGUGGCUUCAUGGCAUGUCAUUUCAUCUUGUGGAUGUAGUUCUUUUCCUAAAUAUACGUGCCUUGUUAAGUGCAAUUGUAAAACGUAUCAAUGGAUUUAUUAGAUUGAAGAUAGCUUUAGGUGCCCUUCAUGGGGCACUUCCUGAUGCAACAUCUGAAGAGAUACGGGCAUAUGAUGAUGAAUGCGCUAUAUGUAGGGAACCAAUGGCAAAGGCUAAGAGACUAUCGUGUAAUCAUCUUUUCCAUCUUGCAUGUUUGAGAUCUUGGUUGGAUCAAGGUUUAAAUGAGAAUUAUUCAUGCCCCACUUGUCGAAAACCACUUCAUGUGGGCAGACCCGAAGGUGCAACAAGCCCUCGUGUAGUAGAUGUUUCAACUGAUGAGCAACUUGCCCAUCAAAUAAGUUCCGGACUUGAUCGGCAUAAUCCUCCUAGUCAUACCCUGCCCACAGGAGUGUUCCCCAAUCAGAUGCAGAACCCUUUAGAAAGUGGUACUUGGAGGGGGGCAGGAUUGGAUUCGAGUUGGUUGCAUACUUGGUCUGACCAAGGUCUGGAUGGAGCUGGUCCAUCUACUGGUACUGGGUCGGUUGGACUAGGGAGAGUUCAGAUGAUGAUGAGGCAUCUUGCAGCUGUAGGAGAAACCUAUGCGCAGACUGCCCUUGAAGAUACUACUUGGAGCCUUUGGCCUAUGAAUCCAUCUCAGGCUGGUACGUCCACCUCACCAAUUCCUCCUCCUGGUUCUGCAAGAUACCCUGGAGGUGCUGGUGGUUUACAUUUGAGGACUGCUUCACAGUCUGCAAAUGAUGACAUAGCAAACAUACUUUCAAUGGCUGAAACAGUACAGGAGGUCCUUCCUCACAUCCCAGAUGAACUAAUUUUCCAGGAUUUGCAGCGAACAAAUUCUGUUACUGUUACUGUGAAUAAUCUGCUCCAAAUGUGACUAUGAUGACUUUUUCUUUCGUUGUUAUGGCCCUUGCUCCAAGUGCCCAAAGAAGAGGCAGGCCCAACAUUUUGAAAGUUUUGGAGACAUUCUAGAGGUUCUCAAACGACCUUGCAGUCUGGUUUCUUUCGCCAUGUUCUGUUGAAUAUGUACAAGCAUCAAUCUCUGUACAUAGAGGCGGCUAUGAAUGAAAAAAGAAUGUACAAAUAUAGCUUUUUUCUGGGGAAAAUAUAAUAAAUUUGCUCUCCAUAUGUAUGAAUGGGCAAGUUUGUCUGUUUUUGUUUUGUUUGUAAAUCUAAUUUUGAUACUGGUUGUUAUUGUGAUCCUGCUAAAUGUUGUUGUAUUCUUUUUGCCACUAUGAUAAAUGGAUGCAGUCUGUUGUUGACUAGGGCUUGAUAUCAGAUGAGUGAAUGAAUGAAUAUGCAUCAAAUUUGCCAGUGUUGACAUCAA